AUGUCUCUCACCUUCCGUCCCGCAACAACCCUCGACAUCCCCCCUCUACUCUCCCUCAUCGUCUCCGCCUACCGCGGCCCCGAAUCCCGCGCAGGCUGGACAACAGAAGCCGACCUUCUCGCCGACGAGCGCAUCUCCCCCUCCGCCCUGGAAGCCAAGAUCACCGACCCUGAGGGUUUAGUUCUCGUCGCAUUUAAAUCAACACCCUCAUCGACAGGAACCUCAACGCCAGAGUCGGGUUCUGAUGACGCCAGCUCAGGACUCGUGGCGUGCUGCGAGAUCGUGAGGAAGGACGAUGAGAGAGCGUACUUUGGACUCUUUGCUGUGUCGCCGAAACUGCAGGCCGGUGGGAUUGGACGACAGGUGUUGCAGCAGGCUGAGGAGUAUGCUAAGAAGGAGUGGGGGACCAAGAUUAUGACCAUGACUGUUAUUUGGACGAGAGAGGAGUUGAUUGCUUGGUACAUGAGGAGAGGGUAUACCCGUACUGGCGAGAAGAGCCCGUUUCCUUACGCAGAGCUUUACAAUGGCAAGGCUUUGAGGGAUGAUUUGUACUUUGAUCAUUUGGAGAAGGCAUUGUAG